GACACGAAGGACAGGGCUGUAAAGACGAUGAAGAGCACGUUCCUUCUCUUCAUUUUGCUGGGAGUAGUAGUAUCUGGAAGAAGAACCCCACUGCUUAGGGGCUUACCUGCAACAAGUACUGUUGAAGAAAAUGCACCAGCUGGUGUUUCCGUUUAUACCUUCAAUGUGACUGGUUCUCCAUUGUCUUCUGGAGUUGUUGCAAUACAUCCUACCAUAGUAAAUUCGAAUCCACUUACGGAAGCAUUUGCUAUUGUAUCCGCAGGAGAUCUUGUGUAUAGGGUUGUUACCACAGGAAACCCUAUCCUAGAUUAUGAAACUAUGCCAAAGCGCUUUGAUUUACAGAUUUUUGUUGAAGAUACUGCUGGGAGGACUGACCUCAACACACUAACUGUCCAAGUAGCAGAUAAGAAUGAACGUCCUGUGUUUUGGGGAAAUAUGGCAAUUCAAACUGUGAGGAUCUAUGUCUUGGAAGGAAUGCCUCCUGGACUCAUCUACAGAGUCAAUGCAACAGAUCCUGAAAACGGUGAACUCAAAUAUUCACCACUCCCUGAAUCAGUGCCAUUCCAGGUCUUGGAAAAUGGAGACAUUUUUUCAAGAAAAAAAAUAGAUUACGAGAAGGAUCCACACUGCUAUUUUUUAAAUAUAACAGCGACAGAUCCAGAAGGACUAAACUCUACUAGAACAGUGAAUAUAAAUAUAAUUAACAUCGAUGAUGAAAGCCCUUACUUUACCACGUGA